CACCGUUCAGUCGGCAAUCAACAUUUCGAAGAAGUUGAAAGAUAGUACAUACGAUAAUGUUGUAAAAUCAUUUGAUAUUUGUUCAGCGCGCAGUGUCGAACACAUUUCCUAUAUAAAGUUCAUAAAAUUGUUACAAAAAACAUAUCAAAAUGCGCGAAAUAGUUCACGUACAAGCUGGCCAGUGUGGAAAUCAGAUCGGUUCCAAGUUCUGGGAAAUAAUAUCGGAUGAACAUGGCGUGGACCCCAACGGCAUUUACAAAGGGGAGAGCGACCUGCAGCUCGAACGUAUCAAGGUGUACUACAAUGAAGCGUCCACAGGCAAAUAUGUGCCACGAGCAGUGUUGGUGGACUUGGAACCAGGCACAAUGGACUCCGUGAGGUCUGGACCUUACGGACAGCUCUUCAGACCAGAUAACUUUGUCUUUGGUCAGAGCGGCGCUGGUAACAACUGGGCGAAGGGACAUUACACAGAGGGCGCUGAAUUAGUUGAUGCAGUUAUGGAUGUUAUUCGCAAAGAGGCCGAAGGCUGCGAUUGUUUACAAGGAUUCCAACUGACCCACUCUCUAGGUGGAGGUACAGGUUCUGGCAUGGGCACCCUGCUACUCAGUAAGAUCCGUGAAGAGUUCCCUGAUAGGAUCAUGAACACUUUCAGCGUAGUUCCAUCACCAAAGGUGAGUGAGGUAGUCCUGGAGCCGUACAACGCGACCCUCUCAGUACACCAGCUUGUUGAAAACACAGACAUGUCAUUCUGUAUCGACAACGAAGCACUCUAUAAUAUCUGCUUCAGAACUCUACGACUUGCGAGCCCGAGCUACGGUGAUUUGAACCAUUUGAUUUCGCUGACAAUGUCAGGAGUAACGACUUGCCUUCGCUUCCCCGGACAAUUGAACGCCGACUUGAGGAAGUUGGCUGUGAACAUGGUACCCUUCCCUAGGCUGCAUUUCUUCAUGCCUGGAUUUGCUCCACUCACAGCUAGAAACUCCUUCAACUUCCGCGCGCAAAGUGUCCCUGAGCUUAUGAGUCAGAUGUUUAGCUCCUCGAACAUGAUGACGGCGGCGGACCCUCGCCACGGCCGGUACCUUACCGUGGCCACCAUUUUCCGAGGCAGGAUGUCCAUGAAGGAGGUUGAUGAACAAAUACUGGCUAUACAGAACAAGAAUUCUAGCUACUUCGUAGAAUGGAUCCCGAACAACUUGAAGGUAGCUGUGUGUGACAUACCCCCUCGUGGAUUGAAGAUGUCUGCCACGUUUAUUGGCAACAGCACAGCCAUACAGGAGAUCUUCAAGCGCAUCUCCGAACAGUUUACUGCUAUGUUCAGAAGAAAGGCUUUCCUCCACUGGUACACUGGCGAGGGUAUGGAUGAAAUGGAGUUCACUGAAGCAGCCAGCAAUAUGGCAGACCUCAUCUCCGAGUACCAACAGUAUCAGGAGGCAAAUAUCGAUGAUGAGGAUAUUUUCGAUGAAGAAGAAGAACAACAUGAGGAAUAUCAGGCUGAACCAAGAGAAGUUAGCAACACCAUGGCCAUGAUCUAAGACCUAAGCCCCACCGGAACAGGGCCGGCGCCGAUUGCUUACCAUCAGGUAAUCCGUCUGCUCGUUUGCCGACAUUACCCCAUACAAGACCAUU